AUAAUUUUCAAAGCUUGUUGAAAUAAUUUAUUAAAGAUGCAUUCAUUCAAAAUAUCCACGCCCGGCAAAGUAAUUUUGCAUGGAGAACACGCGGUGGUAUAUGGGAAAACUGCUCUAGCAGGUAGUUUAGAUUUACGUACCAAAGUCAAUUUUACUGAAUUACCUGACGAAUCGAGCGAUGAGAUCAAAGUGGACUUCCCUGGGGUGGACUGUAGCUUUGUGAUAAAAAUCGGCUCGCUUAUGGAUUAUUUCUUUACCGAGGGUUCACUUAACGAGUUCGAUGUGGAUUUUCGUAACAAAGUGCAGGAAUACGUCGCCAAGAAGAUAACUUUUAAUAGUACAGCACAGCUUUUAAGCUUAGAAGCAUUCGUGUAUUUGCUCGUUUACAUGACCAUCAAGGAGCGGAUCAAAUUGAAACCAUUCCACUUGCAUUUAACCACGCAGUUGACGAUCAGAGCGGGUUUAGGUAGCUCAGCGUCGUUCGCCGUAUGCCUCGCUGCAUGCUUUCUGCAUUGGUCAUAUUUGCAAAAAGGUGUUGAGAGAGAUUUCAAUCAUACCGAUCUUGAAAAGAUCUCUGCAUAUGCGUUCAGAUCUGAGAAAAUCAUGCACGAGUCUCCGUCCGGAAUAGACAAUAGCGUGUGCACGUACGGCUCCAUGAUUGAAUACCGAGCGGAGGAACCGAUAUUCAUGUUACAAGUGCCAAAGAUGAAAAUUUUGCUCGUCGAUUCAAAAGUCAGCCGGAAUACUAAGGAUCAAGUAAAACGAGUGGAACAACUGAGGAAGUAUUAUCCCACCAUUAUCGAACCUAUCUUGCACAGUAUCGAUGGUGUGUCACAGAUGGCCCGUAACGUUUUUAAAAAGAUGCACGAGACGCCUGAAAAUGAUGAAGACGGUUGGCAAUCAUCGUACGAAGAGUUGAAGACUCUAAUCUUCAUAAAUCAGAAACUGCUAAGCGCGUUAACCGUGUCACAUCCGAAGCUGGAUACAAUUUGCGCGGACGCACAGAAUCUGUUCCUCGCGGGGAAGCUCACGGGUGCUGGCGGAGGUGGAUUUGCGUAUAUCUUGCUGCCACCGCAUAAGAAGGAAGAAAAGAACCAGGAAGCGCUAACGCGAAUCUUAAAAGAGAAAGGUUUCGAUGUCAUAGAAACUGUACUAGGUGGCGAGGGAGUCAAAAUAGAUAAAUAAUGUAUUAUAAAAAUAGCACGAGUUCAAUUACAAAAUGGUGUAAGGGAGGAAUUUUAUGAAUGGGAGAAUGACAUUUUACGUGUGACAUGUUCAUAUCUUAAAGAAUAAUGAAUUUUAUGAAUGAAAUUUUAUGAAUAACAUGUUCAUAUAUUAAAGAAUAAUGGAAUAUACAUUUGUUAAAUAAAUAUCGAAAUUAUCACAUUAUAAAGAUUAAACUAACAAUAAAAUAUUCUCUUGUACUGAUAAUACGUAACAAUUAUCAAAGAUGUCUGUUAUAACAUUAUUAUAAAUUAUCUAAAAUAUAUUAUAAUACAAU